AUCGCUCUCCGCGGCUCUGGAUUUUCCGUGUCGCCGUUCCUGUCGGGUUCCAUCGAUCUUUUUGUUCUUCGAGUGCUGGCGUCUUUGAAUUCGGUCUGCUGCUGGAGCGUUGACUGUGUGACCUAGAACGCUGAUGUCGGCGACGAUCGAGUUUGAAUCUACUCUUCUAAGAAAAUUAGGAAGCCAAAACCUUGGAAGCAUCCUGAAGCAAUUACAAGGACACAACUGAUGAAGAUGCGUAGGGAGUUUUGGGACACUGCACCUCAUUAUGGUGGGAGACAAGAGAUAUGGGAUGCUCUGCAUGCAGCAGCAGAAGCAGAUCUAACGCUUGCCCAAGCAAUUGUAAAUAGUGCUGGCGUGAUUGUUCAGAGAGUUGACUUGACAAUAUGCUAUGAUGAAAGAGGUGCGAAGUACGAAUUGCCCAAGUACGUUUUGAGUGAGCCGACCAAUUUGAUUGAUGAUAAUUGACAAUGGAGGUGGGGCAGAUUUUGCUCAGCUUCGUGUGUAAAUCCUGUGAAUUGAUGUUGAUAGUUUGGUAAAACAAAUUGCAUCGAAGUGGAGGUCAUUCAGGCAUUUUAAUGAUGCACAAUUAAAUACAAAUAUUACGUAACUUCUGCCUCACGAG